GGGCUCCUUUCCUUGCCGCGCUGCAAAAUCAGGCCCGAUAACAAAGAGGGAGUGGCAUUUCGAUCCUCCUCCCCCCAACCCUUCGCUAAGCGCCCCACUAGCCCCCGCACCCCAGGAACUGAAAAGCGACCAUGGACGAGAGAGAGAGAUUGCUCGGAAUCCUUGAGGAGCUGCCAGACAAAGAGCUGAAGGCGUUUGCUUUUUUAUUGCCCGACGCCAUCCCGCGCGGGAAACGCAACGCCGACUCGCGGGUGGAUCUAGCGAAAGUGCUCCUGCAAUACUACCCCGAAAAUGCCUUAGAUGUCCUCGCCGAGGUGUUAAACAAAAUCCCGAGGAAAGAUCUCGUCUUGCAACUUCAGGGCGAACCGAGACGGGGGGGUUCUCGCUAUCCUAGGACCGAAGAAGAAAGGGAAAAGGCGGCAGCGGCGGCACCAUCCAAGCUGGUUUCACAAGAACAGCUGAUGAAACUAGCCCGGAAAAUGGGCAAGAACUGGAAGGAGAUUGGCAUUUUGUUCCUGGGUAUGGAAAUGUCACGUCUGGAGCAGUUUGAAGAGGAGCAUUCUAAAAACAUGGUCAUGCAGAUUUUCUCCAUGCUGUUGGACUGGAGGAAUCGUGAAAAGAACAAGGCCACUGCACGCCACCUGUAUAACAUUCUCAACCAGGAAGGGGUAGAACUUGACGUCAGUGCCUAUGCUUUUCUUUUAGAGUAAAAUGCAUCAGAAAAAGCUCACCCAACCCUGCAGAAGAUGAGCCUCACCAGCAUUCAGUGUCUGCCUCACCACCUGUGGUACUUAAUAUUGUCAUAUGAAAUACCAAAGUUUCUAUUCAAUGGGAUGCCAUUGUAGGGAUUUAUUUAUUUUUUUAAUAUCAGGAGAAACAAGGUGCUUCAGAACAAGUGCUGGUGCUGUCUUAACUCAGGUAUACAUUUUCCUGGAAUUGCUACUGUUGUGAGCCCUGAAAAAGGUAGUCCUUCUUUAAGGAAGUGACAAAGGUAUACAAUGUGUGACCUCACCUGCUUUAAAGCAUAUUCUUAGCUUUGGAUCUGAAGUGCUGCGAAGUACUAGUAAUAACAGUAAUGUGGGAUGAAGGUUGUUGGUAACUUUCCGUACAGGACAAAUUUUUAACUUCUUUCCCAAGUUUUCUUCCCCUUGCUUCAUCUCUGUUGCAGUAGCUCCUUUUUGAUGAACAGGCCUGCAAUUGUUCUUUUCUCUUUAUUUUUUCUCCCUUUUUAUUUUCUCCAUUCCAUUGCUUUAUAUAAAAUGACAAAGCAAAUCUAAUUCUCUGUCUUCUCCCCUGCAUCUGCAUCAUGUACUAGUCUUGUCUUGUCCUGACUUCUUCAUUGGAUCCUCUCCCAUUUAUAAAAAAAAUCUUUUUAAAAGAUUAGAUAGAUAGAUAGAUAGAUAGAUAGAUAGAUAGAUAGAUAGAUAGAUAGAUAGAUAGAUAGAUAGAUAGAUAUAGACAGACAUGCACGCAUACAUACAUAGAUACAUAUAUGUGAAGUGCGCCGCACGUGCACUUCCAAGCCGGUAAGGAAGGUAAGUAGAUUUCAUCCUGGUUUAGAGGUUAAUAAUAAUCAUGAUAGAUUAGAGAGAGAGAGAGAGAAAUAUAGAGAUAGACAGAUAGCAGUAACACUUAGACUUAUAUACCGCUUCAUAGUGCUUUAUGAGAGAGAUAUCAUCAAUCAGUUCACACUUCAUUCACUGACAGUGUUAUAAAGAAGGGAAAUGAAACAUUUUGAAACCAAACUCGGAGAGAACCCAGUAAUACUUACCUCUCUAAUCACAGACUGCAUGUCCUUUUAAAUGCAUGUCAUUGGUUUCCCAUCCCUUUCCAGUACAAACUCCUGAGACGGGGCCAAAUACUGUGCUAAGUUGGUGCAAUGCUGUUUGUUCAUCUGCAAUUUGAUACAAUCCAUGAUUUUAUUAUGUCUGAUUGCAUUACCUUUUUUUUUUUUUGCUGUGGCCAUUAAAUGAAUCACAUGGUCCUUAAGCAAAUCCAGCUUCUCCCAUUAACUUUGCUGUGGGAAGCCUUCUAGGAAUGUCAUAAAUGGCAAUCAUGUAACCCCUCCUGGAUGCUGCAAAUAUAGGAAAUAAAUGCUUGUCAAGUACCCGAAUUUUGAUCAUGGCGUAGUGGGGAUGCUGCAAUGGUCACAAGUGUAACGACUGGUCAUAAGUCAAGUUGUCAGCACUGUUGUAAUUGAAUGGUUGUUAAACAAAUGAUUGUAAGUCAAGGACUACCUGUACUCACUGCAGCACAUGUUAACUCUGGGCAGAAGUAAACUAGUUAUUUCAGUUUAAGGCUUAAAUUUUAGGUUUAGAUUGUAGUUUAAAUAAAUGUCCGUACCUUGUUGAUUGUUAUUUUAAAAUUCACUUUAAUGAUUAAUUGCUUACAUUAUACUGGCUGUAGGGCUUCUUUCCUGUUUGUUGUCUUUGCUUCUGUAAAUUCUAGGUCCGUGUUUGUCCUAUGUUUGUUUUUAUACUUUUUAAAAAAUAAAAAGGAUCACU